AAAUAGCAAAAAAGUGAUAAAGAUUUAUUUUUCCACUACAUGUAUUCCAGAAUGCAGCAUUGAGUAAGUUCUGCAAAUGGCUUAUAUUCAACCCAUCGCAGCAUGAACACUCUGAAAGCACCAUCCCUGCAUUCGCUCCUUGAUUCUGAUCAUGGAUCAAACGAUAGUUUACUUGUGGAAUCGUUGCAGCUCGACAUCGAAGAGCUGGAUGAUGAAGAGUACGACCUUCCGGCCGUUGAAAAUCUACCUACGUUGCAAAGUGUUUUGAGUGAGAUCGAUAGUGAUCUUGACAGUGUUUCGGCGAUUGGUGUGCGUCAUUCUAACGGCAAUGGAACCGCAGCACUAACAUCCCUCGCCGACGACGAUCUUAUGCGAGAUGGAAUCACACCAACACCGUCUCUUGAGGAACAAUUGAAACUGGAGUCAAUUCUGCGACACGUCGUUCUGCACGGUAUAACGGCACAACUGACCUCGGCUGUCGACCGGGUAGACGCUGGAUUGGCGACUUCAUGUGCCAUUUCCAUGAUGAUUGCUGUAGGUACCUCCCAUGGUCACAUUCUAGCUUUCGACUGUACACAAACUCUGAAAUGGUGCUGCCAGGAGGGAAUAGCACACGGAGCCGUUUCUGCUAUGGCAUUCAACGAGGACAGUUCACGUUUACUGGCAGGAUUUGCCCGCGGAGUUAUCAUCAUGAUUGAUACUCAAACGGGAGACGUUAUAAGGACCCUGAGUGCAGUUAUUACGCCAAAUACGGGCGUGCUGAACCUCAAAUGGACUAAUAGGCCUGCAUUGGCGCUGUGUUCUGACUCCGGUGGAUCCGUUUGGAGUCUGAAUUUUACACGACGGCUUGGCAUUCGAGGUUGCGAUUCUCGCUGUCUGUUCAGUGGGGCUCGUGGAGAAGUGUGUACAGUCGAGCCAUUAUUAAUCGGAGAGGAAGACCAUCCUAUGAAAUCGUAUACAAUCGUAGCACUAGCCACAUUAAGCAAGUUCUUCGUCGUUCUGAUACGGCCACGUUUAAAAGUGAUCAAAUUUCAUCCAAUGACAGGCUAUCCCGACUGCUUGCCACUACUUGCCUGGCAGAUGGUACUCAUUCAAGCAGCCGAUUCGACAAGAAGCAUCGAUCCCGUACUAGCUGCAGCUCGUGGAAGCGACCUUCUAUUUCAUCAAAUCAUCUACAACAGUGGGCGCAUAUCGUUGCUCUUUCUGCGACAUAUUCAACUAUCGUACAACCUUUUGGCGAUCCACUGGUUGGGACCGAAAUCGAUCGCUUGUCUAGACACGAAGGAAAUUCUGCAUCUUUCUGAUGUGCGCACCAACAGAGAACUAGAAGUGAUUGAUCUUUCGAAUGUUGGACUCAUGUAUAACUCGGCACAGUUUAAGGGACUGGCAACGGGUGGCAAUGUGUCACCUGCAUUAGCGCUCGCAGGCGCGGCUGCCUGUUACAACACGGUAGUCUCACAUGGUAACCAGCUAUAUUUGCUUGGAGGCAAAAGUCUGCAUGGGAUAAGUGCUCGCGCCUGGAGCGAUCGUAUAUCAUACCUCACCUCAAUGCAACGAUGGGAGGAAGCGAUCGAAUUGGCAAUUGAAGGAUACCGAGCGGCGGUAGGCCGCCACAGAAGGCUGGUUUCAUCGAAGGAAAGAAUUUUACGGAUGUAUGAAGAAUACUUGAAUGUCACUAAGAAAACACCAGAACUGUGUCUUGAGGCAAUAGUAGCAUGUUUGAUUGAAAUUCAAGAAAAGCACCUUCUUUGGGAAGAGCUGUACGAACGUCUUCCUUCUACGGAUCGUUACCUUCAAAUCAUAGCGAAGCACAUAGAAUGUGACCAUCUAGAUACAAUUGCACCGAGUGUCGCUCAAGUAAUGUGUGACUAUUUUUGGAAGAAAGGCGAAACGGCUCGAUUAGAAAACUUGAUUCUCAAGUUAAACUGGCAAUGUCUUGAUCUACACCAAGUGCUAACAAUAUGUCGCAAAGGACGGCUGUACCGUGCACAGAUGUAUCUAAACACGAAUGCUCUGGGUGAUUACACAAUUUCGUUAACCGAUCUCAUUCCAGAGAUAGCACUAGCAACAGACGAUCUACAUUUAGGAAACUGUGUGCUGGUGUACAUCUCUAGCUGUCUAGCAGGACGCGGGUAUCCAUCGGGAGAUAUUACUCCGGAAGCCAUUCCCACUGUCAAGCAUGAGGUGUUACGCUGUCUGACCGUGAUUCAUUCGAAGAAUGCACCAGAAAAUGAGCUUUCGUAUCCAUACUUACGUAAACUGCUCCAGUUUGACACCCGUGAAACGCUGAACGUAAUUUCUCUCGCAUUCCAAGAAAAGGAAUUUAAUACCGAACUUGGUCUGUCGCAGCGCCAACGUAUAAUCAAUAUCCUUCUCGAAAUUUUUACGCCCGAGCAAACUAGUUGGUCACAGAUUGGUGCUUUACUAAACUUUAUCGCCCAACAGAUCGCUUCUCGAGAGUUACCAGAAAAUGAGCUUCUGUUGGAGAAGGUUAUAGCUUACCUUACAGCGCCAACGGAUAUACCACUGUCCAGAAGGGAGCAUUUCGAACGUGAACAAACAUGGCUAGAACUGCUGUGCUCGAAUUGUCUCGAUCACAUUCCAACGCAAACGUUGCUAGAUAUUGCGAGACAAAAUCGUUGUUAUCAGGUAGCGGAGCAUAUGCUAGAGCGACUCGAAAAAUAUGAAGAAAUUUUUGAUUGCUAUCUAUUAGAUGAAUUUCGGCGUUUGCAACUGUUUUCCUACAUCUCACAGCAUGCAACUGACACGCGGCGUCAGAUCUAUCCACUGUUGGUGAAAAAUCUUUACCUAAUAGUAGACAUAAAUUGCGAACAGGCAGCUCGUGUGGUUGUAGAUAGUUUUAUGCGCUACUUGAGUCAUUUUCUGCAGCUGCUGGAGCAGGCAAAUGUUCCUGAGCGAUUGUUUCGGUUUCUUGAAUCGCUUCUACAGCAAUCGGUACAGCUGGAAACAACAGAUCUGGAGCGAUACCUGGAGUUACUUUGCCAUUACCGGCCAGAGGAUGUGAUAGAUUUUUUGAAAUCGAACGACUCAUACCGUUUAGACAAAGCUGUCCGCACGAUUAAGCGCUUUGAACUGAGCGCUCCGUUAAUCUACCUCUACGAGAAGCAGGGCGACUAUCAAUCAGCGUACGCUGUAGCCAUUGAAACGCUUAAGGACACUACAGAAAGCUCCGCAGAAAUUUGCGCUCUGCAAGUGAGUGCUCUUUGCACACGUGCCUCAUCUAUCCUAACGGAAACGGAUCGGGAGCAGUUAUGGUUCUCGUUGCUGCACAUCAUACUGGCACGUAACGAUCUCACCUCGAUCACGAAAAAUAUUCUUCAUUCGGCGAGCGAAUUCGUUGACCUAUCUAAGCUAGUUCAACUGGUGUUAACCUCUAACACUAACACGGGUAACUUUGGUGACAUCAAACACCUUCUGAUCGGAAUGUUAUCCAACUCGGCGUACGAGACGCUACUCCUACAGACCACAUCACGCAUUCUGGGUAAAGAUUUACAUGCUGUUUUGGUCCGAGAAAGGCGGAUAGCGAUGCGCGGGCUGGCAGUGAAGUCUAUUAAAUGUAUUGUUUGUCGUUCGCGCCUUUACAACACCGAACGAGAGCCAAUCGUUGUGAUGGGAGACUGUGGUCAUGCCAUGCACCAGCAGUGUGCUGCCAACUUUUGUACUAUUCCACUCGACUCACCUAGAGAGACUCCUGCAGGAGGAAUAAGUAGUGGUAUUGCUGGAAUCGAAACAGUAGGUUCAACGUCUUCAAUUAAAAGGCUAAAAUGUUCACGCUGUGAUGCAGUAGUAGAAGAAGAAAGCUCUAUACGAACGCCGGAGUGCUACGUGGAGAGUAUCCCUUUCGCCGAUUCGUGUACCGAGAAAGGUCCCAGUACAUUGAAACUUACUGCAGCUCCUAGAGUGGGUUAAAUCCAUCAUCUGCCGACCGAUAAAGGUUUUGAAAACCAGUUAUUCUUCAGGUACAGUAUAGUGGAUAGCACACUUAUUUAGAUUAUCCACUCGCGUACGUUCGUUUUGCGUAGGUUUUUUUUUGUGGUGACCGAAAGCUUAUGAUUGCUAGUGUAAUUCGAACCAAAACUAUCCGUACUGUUAGUUGAAGUGUUUAGUCAAUAUCAAUUAAGAAAUGAACUACCAUUUAUCUUGCGUUUAUGCACGAGCUUGUAGAAUAUAUACCUAUCUUAAUCAAAUGUGCAUUCAACAACAUGACGAUGAACUAAAUAGCUAUGCGAUGUGGUAGCAAUUUAGUAACUGAAGAAAAUAAAGCAUACCCUUGAACUAAAUGUA